GAAAAGUGAGGAGGAUCUGAACUGGUUUCCAUGUCAAACACUUCAAUUCACCAUAGAAACUCAGAUCUUAACGCGGAAACUUUAUUAAACUGUGAUGGCGGAUUGAUAAGGCCGAAUUUCUAUCGGCCUCUUUUUAUUGUGGGCACCAGGCGGGCUGACAGAGGUAAAUUGCUCUUUUAAUUAAAGCAAUGCACCAGGGGAAAUUGCUGUCUGAAUAUUGUCUCAGAGAUGGGGGCCAGUGACAGUUGCCUGGAAACUUCAAUCUGUCCUCCCGCAUUUAUUCCAGAUCCCAGUUACGAGAUAAAGUUUAAUAAAAAUCUUUUCCUGCGCCUCCAACGAAAUGAAAUCCAACCCUUUCUGAUCAUCCGAACACAAUGAGACUGGACCGCGGAGGAAAGCUCAUGUUCAACAUGUAUCUCUCAGAUCCAACAGAAAAUCUGUUGAAAGAAAGCAAAGGAGCAUCUUGGGGUCCACUGAACACCGGCGUCCAAAAAGGCAGCGGGCAGAUCCAGCUGUGGCAGUUCCUGCUGGAGCUCCUGUCCGACAGCUCCAACGUGUCCUGCAUCGCCUGGGAAGGAACCAACGGCGAGUUCAAGCUGAUCGACCCGGACGAGGUGGCGCGGCGCUGGGGCGAGCGCAAGAGCAAACCCAACAUGAACUACGACAAGCUGAGCCGCGCGCUGCGCUACUACUACGACAAGAACAUCAUGACCAAAGUGCACGGCAAGCGCUACGCCUACAAGUUCGACUUCCACGGCCUGGCGCAGGUGUGCCAGCCGUCCACCACCGAGCAGGCCAUCUACAAGUUCCAGGGGAACUUCUCCCCGAUCCCGUUCUCCGGGAUCUCCAAACUGAACCUCGUGGCCCCCGGUGUGGGGCCCUCCGGCUUCUCCUACUGGCCCGGCUCGGCCCCGGCGGCGCUGUACCACAGCCACAACCUGCAGCCCGCGGGGCCCUUCGGCACCGUGUCCCCGACCCACAUCAGCUGCGUCAACAACAUCAACAGCCUGAGCAACAUCAACAACCACUACAACUGAGCGCGCGCGGGAGCGCACGGAGCACUGGACGCAGAACUGGCUCACGUGGACAAAACAAACAUUUUUGAUGUUAUUUGACAGGAUUUAGAGCAGAAAAUUAUGUUUUUAUUUUGUCGUUUUCAACCUCAUUUAAUCUGUGAAUUUAAACCCAAAUAAUCGGUUUUUAAUUUUACGAUUAAUGGAUAAAUCAGACCAAACACCCGCGUUUCCUCCCGCGCCCUCUGAAGGUUUGGACUCCUGGCGCCACCUGCUGGUUUUAAGGUGGAACAACAGCUGCUGUUCAGAGUCUAUCCACGUCUAUUACGAUCCAUCCUUGACCUUUAACCUUUGAUCAGAAGAAGGAAAGAACCGCUGGAAGACUCCAGAAGAAACAACUUCUGCUUCUUCUCCUGAUUAGUGAGGACCUCCUGCUUCUGUCACAUGACCACACCUGUACUGUAGCUCAAACUGUAUCAAAUCAGAGCCAAAUCUCUGCUGGAGCCCAGAUAUGAAUGUUUAAAGACUCAAAUAAAGAUUGUGAUGAUAGAAACCGUCGUGCUCACAUCCGUUACUGGUGACUGCAGCAUCAGGAGGUUCCUGCUGCAGGUAUGAAGGUGUGCUGGAGCUCAUUAUGAUUGGUUGCAUCUCUACUGCAGGUGUCAAAAACACUAAAUGUAGGAAGGAUUUGUUGUUUUAUUGUAUGACACUAGGCUUGGUGAGCAGACUGAGGGUCUCAGGCUCAAACAGAUUAAUCAAACUGACUUGCAGAGGACGUGGACCGAGAGACGGAUGCUUAAAACUGCAAAGCAUCCUGGGUAACUCCUGGCUCAGAACAGGAGCUGGUUAGUCAGGCUGAGGCCCAUCAGAACGGAGCGCCACAGAAAGUCUUUCCUUGUAUAAAUUCAAUUAGAACGGACUUUCCUCAUAAAUCAUCGUGAUGUUCUUCAUAUUUCAUGUUAUAAACUUCUAAUUUGAACUCUGUAAACGGCAUUACUCUGUAUUGUAAACAGAUUUUCUCUUUAUUCUACAUCUGAUCUCAUGGAGUUUUGGUGAUCAGCUCUGCUGCCUCCUGGGACCAAUAAAAGAUUCAGAUUCUGAGUUUUCUUCAAUGAAAAUUAAAAAAAACAUUUACUUUUUUGCAGUUUUUUUGUCAAACACAAAUCAGAGAUUUGAAUCGAACUCAAAACAAAAACCUCGAGGUUUGAACUGAAUCGUUGUAUCUUUAGUUUCUAUAAAGCAUUAAAAUAUAGAAUCUACUCGUCAUAUUUUAUGCAUCAGAUUGUUGUGUUUAUUGCUUCUUCUCUAAAUUAUUUUGCUUUUGUAUUUUCAGUUAUGUCAAGUUAACUUCAGGAUUUACUUGAACAGCAUCUAGACUCCUCCCUCUC